AGAGAAAAAGUGAUAGAGACCCAUACCAGCAAACAAAAACUUCUCUCUUUACCUCCUCUCUCUCUCUCUCUCUCUCUCUCUGGAAAUCGAAAGCAACCAACUUUGAUUACAAUUCGAGUUGUUUCAGUGACCGAGUUAUGAAGACCCUGGUGAGCCCGAGUUCGAGGGUGGUCGUUGACAAGUACUGGGACAGAGAGAAGAAUGCCUUUGUUCAGAGGCUUGAAGCUUGUUUUCUUAGGCCUAAGAGAAGUGUGGAUUUUCGGUUCUUGAAUUUGGUGUGUUUUCUGCAACAGAGCAAGCCUGUCAAGCCAGUCAUUUGUCUCUCAUCAAAAACCCAGACUGAAUUGGAGGUGACAGAUGAUCAAAUCCAAGAAACACAUCAUACAAAAACUAUUCAUGUCAAAUUCCAGUUGCAGAAAGAGUGCUCGUUUGGGCAGCAGUUCCUCAUAGUAGGGGAUGAUCCUAUGUUCGGUUUGUGGGACCCUUCAAGUGCAAUACCGAUGAAUUGGUCAGAUGGGAAUGUGUGGACUGUUGAGCUGGAUAUACCAGUUGGGAAAUCGGUCCAGUUCAAGUUCAUACUAAAAGAAAUCACAGGGAAUAUCUUGUGGCAGCCUGGCCCAGAUCGAAUUUUCCAGACCUGGGAAACGAAGAACACAAUCACUGUUUGUGAAGAUUGGGCAGAUGCUGAACUUCAGAAAAUAAUAGAGGAAAAUCAAGCUAAUCAAAGUGUUGGUUCUAAUGUUAACUCAGAUAUGUCCAUUGUAGCUGAGAACCUGACUCUUCCAGAGGAACUGGCUUUGAAUAUCACCAAGGAACCAACCAUUGCUGAUAGUAGCACUGAUCCAGCAGAGAAACCAUUGGCGGAACCAUGGAAGGAACAAAUUGUUGCUGAUAAAGUUUCUCCUUCACAAGAGGAACCCAAAACUACUGUUGCAGAGAAUAUAACCCCAAAAUGGCCAAAGUCAUAUAUGGAACCAUGCGGUGAACAAAUUGCUGCAAGAACUAAAGUGGUUGACGAAGAGAGAGUUAUUUUUCCAAAUGAGGACUAUGCAGCCAUCUCCAAUAAGGAGUUGUUGGUGGCAGACAACAUUUUUGGCAAUAAUGGCAGAGCUGCAACAGUAAGGAACCUUUCAAGCACUCACAUUGAGGGAAGCCUAAUCAACUCUGAAGAAGGUCAUGUUCUGGUACCUGGCUUGACUCCUUCACCAGCUAUUCCAACUGAAGAAGCAAAGAAAGAGAAAGUUGAGAAACAGAUGUCUUUUGAUGAUGGCUCAGUUGGAGCCUUCGAAGCUAAGGAUCUUAAGAUGCCAGAGAUUCAGCUAGACUUGAAGCAAGAGCCAUACAGUGACCCACCGCAAGCAGAAACAACUGCUAUCAUCAAGGAUAAUGUACAGAGUUUCGACAAUGAACUUGAGCAAAGCCCUGCUAAAAAUGCAGAACAUUCCAACUCAGAGUCAGCCAACGGUAGUGUCUUGCACAAUGACCCACCUCAAGAAGAAACAAAUGCCAUGAUCAACAAUAACGAAGAGAAGUCUGAUGACGAUCAACUCAACCAAAUGCAUCACCCUGCUAAAUGGGCAGACCAGUCUGACUCAGAGCCAAUCAACAAUAAUGUCUUGGACAAUGACGUACAAUGGGGUCGUAAAAUGCUGCAGAAAUUUCUGAAUAAUUUCCGAUUGCUUUAGUACCAUCGACCUUGUAGAAAACCUGGGAAGGAAUUUCUUGAAUCCAUUUAAGGCUGUGACUCUCCUGCUUUGUUGCUGAAGUUUUCUGGUGGCCCACAAAGAGGACAGGGGAGAGGGUAGCAAUUAUUGUAUAUGGUAGUACAUAUGAACUUGGUUGUUUUCAAACUAGUAGUAUUGCUGCUUUCUUAGGAUGUAAGAGUGCUCUCAGGUUUUUGUAUUCUUUUGGUCUGUCAUAUGCAUACCAGGACAUACCCCAUUCUGUCAUGAUACGUGGGGGGAGAAUUUCUACCAAAUACAACAAAGUUUUGUAAA